AUGAUACUGCUGUAUGAGUUGCAAAGGCGAAUGGGCAACCUGAGACCCACCGCCACGGUUGUAACCACCCCCACCGGUGUGCGCUAUAUUGAGCGAAGGACUUCAUCCGUCUGCGUGGAGGACAUUGCCCAAUGCUCCCAGCAACUGGAUCCGCAUAAAUACGGCUUUGUCGUGGAUACCAAGCCGGACUAUGUGCCCGCCUGCAUUCUGAGCGACUUUCUCUACCUGGGCUCGCAGGAUGCAGUUAGCCCGGAUAACAUCAUAAAAUAUAAGAUAACUCACAUCCUGAGUGUCGGCAUACAGACGCCCGAAGUGGAGUGGCCCUUGCCCGUAAAUUGUAAAUUUUUGCCUUGCCUGGAUCUGCCGGAAACAGACCUGAUUACCUACAUCUUGCCCGCGUCAAUGGAGUUUAUUGAAGAUGCGCACAGGUCGCAGGGUUGCGUGCUGGUCCACUGCAAUGCAGGCGUUUCGCGAUCCCCCUCCGUGGUAAUCGGUUAUCUGAUGCAGCGCCGUGACAUGUGCUACGAAGAUGCAUACAAUCUGGUAAAAUCAUGGAGACCAUGUAUUCAGCCCAAUGCGGGAUUCAUACAACAGUUAAAGAUGUCUGAUUAAUAGUAAAUAGGAUAAGUAACUA